AUGAGCAGAAGAAAAGCACCAGUUUCGUAUUCCGGACUGGACACCAGUGACGUCAGCGAUGAGGACUUUGAGGUUGAAGACGAGGUGAGCACACCCAAGAGAAGAAAGACCACGAGUCCGAGAAAACAGACGCCGAGAAGGACGGCGUCGCCUCGAAAGGCACCGGGAACGCCGUCACCGGUGAAACGGUCGCUCCACGACAAAUCGGCGCGAAAAAAGGCCAACAGAACACUACUGGAUCAGUCUCUGGGACUGGUGAGCGAAGACGAAGAUGAAAUUGAGCUGGCUGAACGGAUCAUUGGAGAGAGCCGGGCUCCGAUUCUCGACUCGUCCAACGACUUCCACACCGACGAACGGUCGCUGGCCAACGUGGGUGCCCUGAUUGCGGCUGAAGACCGCGUUCUGUUCCUGGACUCUUCAGAGGGAUACUUUGACCAACACAAGACCCGAGGACGAGGUAACGCCAACACCAUGGCCAAGGCGCCUGCCAUCGACCACUCCGUCUUCUUUAAGUACACAAACCAGGCCAAUGAGCUGUUUCAUGCCGACCAGAAGAAGAUGCUGCGGCAUGCUUACCGCGGAAUGUUCUCGCAAUGGAUUUUCGAGCUUUCGGAAGGGUUUUCGUUGCUGUUUUAUGGUCUGGGAAGCAAGAGGGAGUUACUGACUGACUUUGUGUGCGAAAAAGUGGACUCGGAAAUCCCCAUUCUUGUCAUCAACGGAUACAAUGCGUCUGUCCAGUUCAAGUCGGUGCUCAACAGCGUGGUGGACGUUCUCUACGAGAAUCAUGAGGACAUCUUUGCGAAAAAGGGCUUUGUGGUACGAAACAAACUGCCCAAGGAUGUGGAUCUCUUGGUGAAACUGGUGGUUGACACUAUGCGAGAUAUUGAAGCUGGUUCAAAGCCGUCGUUGGUGGUCUUGUGUCACAAUGUUGAUGGCGAGUCGUUGCGGAUCGACAAGGCGUCUACUCAUCUGUCUCAGCUCAUGAGUAUUUCUCAAAUCUGGUUUGUUGCAUCUGUCGAUCAUAUUAUGGCUCCUUUGAUGUGGGACUCUGCCAAGCUGGCCUCGUACAAUUUUGUGUGGCAUGAUGUGACCACGUUUGCUCCCUACACGGUUGAAACGUCGUUUGACGAUCCGCUUUUGCUUGGUAAGAAGGCUGAGGCCCAGGGUGCCAAGGGUGUCAAGUAUGUACUUGAGUCGGUCACUCCGAACCAUCGAAGUCUCUACAAGAACCUCAUUUACUGUCAGCUGGAGGAGUUUCACAAUGUGGCUGACAAGAGAAAGCUGCCUGAGGCCGAGGUGGGUGCUCUGACAGGAAGUACGUCCAUUUCUGUGGAUUAUGACAAGGUGUUGACGGAGUGUCUUAACGAGUUGACGGUUUCUAACAAGAAGGAUUUCCAGGAGAAACUCAAGGAGUUUAUGGACCAUAAGAUGGUGGUUGCAUUUGACGACAAGAUGGGCAUGAAAAAGCUGUACAUUCCCUUUUCGAAGGAUGUUGUGCAGCAAAUUCUGGAGGGAUACCUUGACGCCUAG